AUGGAUCCAUAAUUGAGUCACUACACUUAAUUCUUCAUUGUAGUUACCAAUCUCUGUAAGACUAAUCAAAUCAGUCCUGAACAGAAGUCCCUCCUGAAAAGUAAUCUUACUCGUAAGGAAGAGAAAAUCUGUCGAGUGCUUAUAUAAAAUAGUGGUCCUGGGAAGUAUGAGUUGAUUAUCAUGUUUGUAGAGAAAUGCUAUUACGAGAAGCCUUACUUGAUUACUUAUCAGCCUAAAACAAAUAAAUAUAGAGAAGAAGAUCACAUAAAUCAAAGACAGUUCAUUUUAUGAAAGACGUAGCAGAAUAAGAGAAACAACCGGAAGUUAUGCCUCAAUAAGAAUCAUCAGCCUAACCUUUAGCAAGUGCAGCAGCCGUAAUGAUUGAACAAUUAACUGGAGUGUUACAUAAACAUAUUGAUAAACAUAGCUUACUUGUACCUGAAGAUAAAGAAAAGCUUAUAUAACUGUGCAGUUUAAUUUCAAAGCUCACAUCUGAGUAGGUUGAUUUAGAUGGAAUAAGUCCCUUUAGAGCCAGAUAUUCAUCGGAAAAUAGUAAAUUAGCUGAAAUAAGUGAGAAGGAUUUAGAUUCUAGCGAUGAAGAUGUUUAUGAGAAGAUGGUCAAAGGAAUAGAUGACAUCUAUAAAGAAUUAAAGAGUAUUUUCACUGGAAAUUUGCAUACUCAUUUACUUCUUAUGUAAGAGGACAUUUCUUAUGAGAAUUUAUAUUAAGUCCUUAAAUUUUUACUUAAAAUCCUCGUUGAUGCAGAUGAAUUCACUUUUUUUAUUCAUCGGGACAAAGAAUGGGAAGUUUAUUCCUCCUCUAAUGAUUCUAUAAAAGAUGUGACUCCUGAAGAAGCUUAACGUGUUACUGAUGAAUUAGCAUACAUUCGUCCAUUCUGCAUUCAUAGAAUAGACCCAAAAUAAAGAUAAUAUCCUCAAAUUGAAGACACUUGCAAAACCAACUCUUAUGCAUAAACAUCUAUUGUAAAAUUUUAGUUACAAUUAAAAAAUUAUGAAGUUCUUUUUUGUCUCCAUUGGACUGACAAAGAUAAAAAGAAUAUCAAAAGAAAGUUUAUCAAGUAUUUUUGUACAUUCAAUAUUUAAGUUAUGCUAAUAUGUAUGGAUUUAAUAAAGAUGUUACUCAUCUUGCAUAAUUUUUGGUUGAAACUAUCAUUACAGCCAAAGUCUAAUUCUUCAACCCUCUUAGAUUUGCUGAUUAGGUUUAAGAUAUAGGAAUCAGUUUUAUGCGUAUAUCUAGGUUUUUGUUGGUAGAAGGAAUCAAGAAGGUUCUCAGCAUUAAAUUUGAAGUAGAGAAGGAAUAAACUUUUUCUACUGAUGAGAAUAUUAAAAAGUUUAAGGAGUCCUAGUGUGUAAAAAUUGAAUUAAAAGAUUCAAAUCCUGUUACUUUAAAAAUUAAAGACAUGGAUUUAAAAAAUGAAUAAGAUCAACACUUGUAUUAAGUGGUAAUAAUCAAUUCUUAUUUCAUAGAUCAUCUAAACAUAAGAAAAAUAUGAUGGUUAUGUUAAAUUGUGCUAUGAAAAGUCUGCGUUUUAUAAAUAUUUCUUACGGACAACUGAUUCAUUACUAUUUGAUUUUAAUAAACAAGGAGAAUUAAUAUUUUUGAGCAGACCAAUCUCUAAAUCAUUAAAGUAUUAGUUUAUGUUUAAUUUUUAUAGAGAAAGAUUUAGUAUUAACUUUGAUCCUAAAGCUAUUCUUUACAAUAAAAUUUCUUAUCAGGACAUCUUUGCUUAGAAUAGUAUCAUUUCUAAUAUAGAGGUGAACAUUUAAAACAUACAUGAAAAUAGAAGAAAUCAAUAUUUAAGCAAUUUAGAGAACCCUUAGUUUGAAAUUUUCUUAAAAGUUGUUGAUAAUGACUUUAAAGGAUUUACUGUAAUUUUUCAUGAAAAUGAAGCUAGAAGAUUAAAAUAGUAUUUUAUGGCCUUGAAAAUUGACAAUAUGACAAACGAUGUCUAAAAAGAAGCUGAAGCUAAUAAAUCUUUAGAGGAAGAUAUUUAGAAACAAAUCUUAAUUCAAUAUAACAAACAUCAAACAUUUAAAUUUUUAAAUUAAUUGGACGAAACUUAAGAUGUAGCAAAUUCUAUGAUUGCACUUUUCAUCCCUGAAAAUGAAUUAUAAUAGAUUAGACAUCGUAAAACAGAUGUUAGAAGUCCAGAAUAAUAAAGCAAAGAUUAAUAGAGUGAUUAAUGGAUUGCCCCUCCAUAAAAAAAGAAGAAAAUAGGAUCUAGUGUUUAUAUUAAGUAUUAACAAUAAUUAGAGCCAGUGGAUGCUAAUCAAUUUAAAGUAAAUGAUAGUGAUUCUUAAUUGGAUUUAUUUGAAUUUAAUAUUUUAGUUUUGGAUUCAUCAUAAGAGAAACAUAGAUUAGUUUUUAGUAUAUUGGAAAAGAAUGGAUUCAUUUCCUAAUACAAUUUAAAUAAAUAGUGUUUGGCUUAAUUCCUGAGUGUUUUAUAGAAAAAAUACAAUAAAAGAAAUAAUUCAUUUCAUAAUUAUGAUCAUGGUAUUGCCGUAAUGUAGAGUUCUCAUUUUAUGUUAUAAUGUGGAAAAGCCAAACAAUUUAUUGAUGAUUUUAGAAGAAUGUCAACUAUAAUAUCAGGUUUAUGUCAUGAUGUUUCUCAUACUGGACGUACCAAUAUUUUCAUGAUCAAUAGUCAUUCUAAAUUAGCUACUCGUUAUCAUGAUUCUAGCGUAAUUAAUUAUUUAAUUAUUAAAGCCUUUAGAAUAACAUCAUGCUGCAACUACUAUUUUUAUGUUGAAAGAUCCUUCACUUAAUUUUUUGAAGUCUUUAACAAAGGAAUAAAGUUAACAAUUUAGACGAGUUUUAAUUGAUAAUAUUCUAUAUACUGAUAUCAAGGUCCAUUUCACAUUGUUAAAAGAUUUUGAGAGUAGAAUUAAAGAUGAAGUAACUAAACCAUUUGGUACUGGAGAUGAUGAUUUAAAAUUAUUAACUGGAAUGAUUAUUCAUACAGCAGAUUUUAAUGGAGGAGCUAAAGUAUUUGAAAUAUCUAGGAUUUGGUCAGAGAGAGUUAAUAAAGAAUUUAGUGCUUAAUAUGAUGAGGAAGGAAGAUUGGGAAUUCCAUAAACACCAUUUUUGAAAGACUUGGAUAAAUUACAUAUUAUGGCUAAAUCUGAAAUGGGAUUCUUUAAAGUUAUUGUUAGACCUUUAUGGUUCACAUUGAACACAUUUUUUGUAUUUAAUUAUUUCAUUAUUUUAGGAUGGCUAUCUUUAGCAGAGUAUAACAAAUCUUGAUAAUACAAUUAUUAGUUGGGAAAAAAUCUAUCAUGCCAAUCUUCCUAAAGAAGAAAAAUAAUAAUAAUAAUGAAUGAAUG